CUCGCCAACGGAAAACACAUAAGAUUUGCUUGCAGUGAGCACCGGAGAAUAAUCAAAAUCAAAUCAAAAAUCAGAGAUAUGAUAAAAGAUAUUGGAUCAUUUUCCGACGAGAAAUUCGACGCUAAGAAAUGGAUAAACAAUGCCUGCCAGUCACGUCAUCCAGAGGAUCCAUUAGAUACUUGCUUAAUCGAUCUCGAAACUAGCUUACAAGACGUUUCCGAACAGAUCGCUAAAUCUCUUGAGGAACAGAGCUCCGCCGCUAUCCUCCGUGUCCCACGCGCCACACGUGACGUCAUCCGUAUCCGUGAUGACGCUCUUUCUCUUCGUCAGUCUGUUGCUUCUAUUCUCCUCAAGCUUAAAAAAGCGGAAGGUUCAUCAGCAGAAUCAAUAGCUACCCUUGCUAAAGUUGAUAUAGUCAAGCGGAGAAUGGAAGAUGCUUACGAAACACUUCAGGAUGCUGCGGGUUUGACUCAAUUAAGCUCCACAGUUGAGGAUGUUUUUGCCAGUAAUGAUCUUCCUCGUGCAGCAGAAACCUUGGCCAACAUGAGGCAUUGCUUGACUGCUGUUGGAGAGGUUGCAGAAUUUGCCAAUAUUAGAAAGCAGCUUGAAGUCUUAGAGGACAGACUGGAUUCAAUGGUACAACCCCGUCUAACAGAUGCAAUAACCAAUCGCAAGGUUAAUGUGGCCCAAGAUUUGCGUGAGAUACUCAUUCGCAUCGGAAGAUACAAGUCCUUGGAGAAUCACUAUACUAAAGUUCAUUUGAAGCCUAUUAGGAAGCUUUGGGAGGAUUAUGAAUUAAAACAACAACGUACUAAGACUGGUAUCGAGAGAAAUCAAGUUGAAAGUAUUUUGAGUUCCCACGAUUAUCAAUCAAGUUCGCCUACAGUUUCAUUUCCCAGUUGGCUGCCCAGUUUUUAUGAUGCAUUAUCCCUUUAUCUUGAACAAGAAUGGAAAUGGUCUAUGCUUGCUUUUCCAGAAGAUUACAAGACUCUUGUUCCAAAGCUAUUAAUUGAAGCAAUGGUGGCUGUGGGUGCCAGCUUUGUUUCUCGCAUCAACCUCGCAACAGGAGAUGUAGUUCCCGAAACCAGAGCAUUAGCCAAAGGUGUAUUAGAUAUCUUAUCUGGAGAUAUGCCAAAAGGCGUAAAAGUGCAGACUAAGCAUUUGGAUGCGUUAAUUGAUCUACACAGUAUGACCGGCAGUUUUGCAAGAGAUGUGCAACACCUUUUUGGAGAAUCAGAUCUCAAUGUUUUGAGGGAUACUCUCAAGGCAAUCUACCUUCCUUAUGAAUCAUACAAGCAAAGGUAUGGACAAAUGGAGCGUGUUACCCUCUCAGCUGAGAUUUCAGCUAUUGAUCUGAGAGGUGCUGUGACUCGUGGUGUUGGAGCACAAGGGAUUGAACUUAGUGAAACCGUUAGAAGAAUGGAAGAAUCAGUGCCACAAGUCAUUGUACUUCUUGAAGCAUCUGUAGACAGAUGCAUCAGCUUUACUGGUGGCUCAGAAGCUGAUGAACUCGUUCUUGCUCUUGAUGAUGUCAUGUUACAAUUUAUUUCAACCCUUCAAGAAAUCCUUAAAACCCUAAGAGUUGUAUGCGGGGUUGAUAUUGCCCAUGAUGGCAUUGGUUCAAAGAAGGAAACAGGAUCAGAUAAAAAGGAAUCUCGUAAAUCCGAGUUGUCAAGUGAGGAAGAGUGGUCUUAUGUCCAGAGUGCACUACAGAUACUCACGGUUGCAGAUUGCCUGUCAAACAGAUCUGCAGUUUUUGAAGCUUCCUUGAGAGCUACACUUGCUAGAUUGAACACAAACUUAUCUUCUGCAGUUUUUGGCUCUAGUAUUGACCCAAAUUCAUCGCAUGAGACUGUUGAUGGAAAUGGAGAUUUAUCUAUGGCUGGAAGGGCUGCAUUAGAUGUAGCAGCAUUAAGGCUCUUUGAUGCUCCAGAGAAAGCACGGAAGCUUUUUAAUCUGUUGGAGCAGUCAAAAGAUCCACGGUUCCAUGCACUUCCAGUUGCAUCUCAAAGAGUUUCAGCAUUCGUGGACGCAGUAAAUGAACUUGUAUACGAUGUCCUCAUAUCCAAAGUAAGAAAGCAGUUUAAUGGCGUUUCAAAUUUGGCCAUCUGGUCUGCUGUGGAGGAACAAACUGCUUUUCACCUUCCGAGCUUUAGUGCAUAUGCUCAAGCAUAUGUGACAACUGUGGGUGAAUACCUUCUCACUUUACCCCAGCAGUUGGAGCCACUAGCUGAGAGCAUUUCUAACAAUGAUGCUAAUGCCGAGGAGGCCCAAUUUUUUGCAACAGAAUGGAUGUUUAAGGUUGCGGAAGGUGCUGCGGCUCUAUUUAUGGAGCAACUGAGAGGUAUCCAGUACAUAACAGAACGGGGAGCACAACAGCUAUCAGUAGAUAUAGAGUACUUGAGUAAUGUGUUGUCAGCAUUGUCAAUGCCCAUCCCUCCCAUCCUAGCUACAUUUUACACUUGCCUAUCGACCCCAAGAGAUCAACUCAAAGAUGUCAUUAAAACUGAUUCAGAAAGUCUUGAUCUCCCUACAGCCAACCUUGUUUGCAAAAUGCGACGUGUAAAUUUGGAAUGAUAGGUAGGGAACAAGAUGCAUGUUGUACCAUUUUCGCUUCUUAGGUAGCAUGAGGAGUUUUGGUAUGAGAUAACUACAAUUUUAACUUUAUAUUUCUUCCUAUAUAUUUUUAUAUACUUGAAUGUAGUUAUGAAAUUUUUAGGUUUUUUGGAGUACGAGAGUACAAUAUACCUGCAAAAGUUCGAUGUA